AUGCAAUCAGAAUUCUUCUCAUGCUCACAGUCAUCCGAGCAAUUUCUUCCCACUUUGGAUGUUCUUUCCGAGCUUUCAGCAGAUCACGUGGAGCGUUACUCUCGCCAAAUGAUUACCGCGGACGGCUUUGGCGUAGGAGGGCAAAAGAAGCUUUUGUCUUCGGCAGUUUUGGUGAUUGGCGCUGGCGGGAUCGGUUCCACCGCGAUUCCAUACCUUGCCGCCGCUGGAGUUGGUCGCAUAGGUAUUGUAGAUUUUGAUACUGUUGAUAUUUCGAAUCUGCAUCGCCAAGUAAUUCACAAAACAGCUGACAUUGGCAUGAAUAAAGCUGUGUCUGCAUGUCACGCCGUUCGAUCUCUGAAUCCGAUGUGCGAAGUCUACUCAUACGAGACAGACUUGAACCAUGGCAAUGCGUUGCCUUUAGUUCAAAAUUUCGACUGUGUGGUUGACUGUAGUGACAAUCCUAAGACGCGGUACUUGGUCAAUGACGCAUGCGUACUUGCCGAGAAGCCGCUUAUUUCAGCCAGUGCCAUAGGUACUGAAGGACAGGUUACAGUUUAUAAUUUCCAAGGUGCGCCCUGCUAUCGGUGUUUGUAUCCUACACCGAACGCUGCAGGAGGAUGCCGCACCUGCGUGGAUGCAGGGGUACUAGGACCUGUUCCGGGGCUAGUUGGAAUUUUGCAAGCAACCGAGACCCUCAAAGUUUUGACAGGGAGCGGCACAACAAUGAAAGGCCACCUUCUUAUGUACAACGCAAUGGAUUGCUCGUUUCUCAAGAUUGUGAAGCCGCCAAAGCAGACAAAGUGUCGUGUAUGCGGUCCUGAUGCAACCAUUCUAUCGAUGGAAGCCAGUAACGCUAGUUUGUUGCAUGCUCAAGGACCGAUGCAAACAAUUGAUCGCCCUUCACUGCCUAGUGAGUCAAAUAUCUCCUGCAUUGAGUACAGCCGAGUCCGAGAAGACAAGGUUCCACACAUUCUUGUUGACGUAAGAACCAAGCUGCAAUUUGAGAUGUGUGCUUUAGAGGAAGCGGUGCAUAUUCCGCUGUCCUCUCUAUCCCAACAACUGGAUCAAAUAGAAAAGCUAUCUGGCGGCACAAAACCUGUCUAUUGUAUUUGUCGGCGUGGAGUUGAUUCAGUUGAAGCAACUCGGAUACUUGACGCUGCAAAAUUAUCACACCCAAACAUUCAUUCGGCCAAGAACGUGGCCGGUGGGCUGGUAAGCUGGAGGAAAGAAGUAGACACUUCCUUUCCCAAGUACUAA